GACGUGGAGUGUCCUCUUCGGUGCGGCCGUGAGUGCGGGAGAUUCUUUUUUUUGCCGUUGUGUCGCUCCGUCGUUAGCCUUCCUCUGCCGUCGCUAGAAACUUCUCCGUUCGUUUCAACUCGCGACGGCAGGCAGAUAGCGCCCCGUGUACUAUGUGGUGUGGAUUCGCGCGCGCCUCACUCUCUCUCUCGUGGCAAAAGCGCAAAAAAUAAUAAUAAUACCAUUCCAACUUAGCAAUAACACACGAGCAGUGGCAGCUCAGCAAAAAAAAAAAACAACAGCAUAAGCAACACAUUUUAACACAUAGGCCGAAGCCGCUGCUGCUCGCAUGAAAUGUAUGAAAAUCUUUUUCACUUCAACCUUACACCAACGGCGGGCGCGUUGACCAGAUCGCAGUUUGUGUGUGAAGUUCGAACGACGCGUCGUCAAUCUCGCGUCGUUCGUCGCCUCGGUAGUGGGACUUUUGGAUUUGCUCGUUGGUCUCGUUCCCGGUAGUCCAGUGUUGUGUUGGAUACGCGCGCGGGCAUUGUCCCUAAAAAAACAGAAACACCGCUAAAGCACAGGAAACCUCCACCAAGUGGUUAGAGCCCUAGCGAAGAGUCGUGACAUAUUCUGUGUGCGAGUGUGAAAUUGCACCUCCGGAAGCUAAAGUUUGUGUGUUUUCCAGGAAAAUUUCACCAGGCUCCGAGAUACCGAUCGGCGAGUCUGGUCACGAUUCCUGUUGACCGAGAACCUAGUUUUAAUUAACCCCUUUGUGUGAAUAUUUUGCCCGAAGGAGCUUUCUACUGGGGGUAACGCGUGCAGUUCUCAGUGCACAAGUGGAGUGAAGUUUGAACACGAAACUGGAGGGCAGCAAGUAAACAGACGAAUGAAAAGUAAUUGACGAGCAGAUUUGAUCACUCGUGCCGCUGGAACAGUGUUUAUGUGUGCGCCACAGUUGAAGCAAGUAAACGUUCGUUUCGUGGAACCAAUUUGGUGUCCAAUGGUUGCGUUAUUUUUGACGGAACAAAAAAAAAGUCUGCUGGCUGCUGUUCAAACAAUUCAAUCAAUAGCAUAGGAGAAAUUUUCUCGCUCAAAAGGAACAAUGGGAGCUGCCAUCGAUCCGCUGUAAGGAUAUGUACUGUAAGAAGAUAUCGCACAAUAAAUUUUCCUCGAAUAAGAAGGGAAAAUUCCCAUCGCCGCUCGUGGUGCGUUGGAACAGAGAAGCAGCGAGCAGUGAAAGAUAUAUAGACAAAAAAUCAAUAAAGAGCAAAAUUGUUUUCGGACAGAUUCAGCUCAAGUGAAGCGAAAAACUCACAUUCAACUUUUUUGCCUUCAUUUGGACAAGCUGUGGGCUAAAGAGCCCCUAGGAAACAGAACAGUGCUACGGAAGAAGUGAGUUAGUGUGAAAGAGAAGAACGGAAGAAACAUUGAACCGACAUCCUUACGCACGCACGGGAAGAAAAAUCACAGCUACUAGUGUAAUAAUGAAUUUGGUAAAUUUUACUUCAAACUGUGGGUGUGGGAUGCGCUACUAGCGCCCCAGCUGCCAAGUCUACUACUCCCAUCGUCGGUUAGGCGGUAGAGUAUGGUUGACAGAGUGGGUGGAAAAUUAACGUGGUGGAGGUGGUGAAAUGUAAGUGUCGAUUCCACCACUGUAUCGCACUACAACCCGCGCCUGCUACUCGAACUUUUCUCCCGUGGGGGAGGGGGCAUGAACGUAAGUAUAAGUGCAAACCCUACUCGUCGUCGUUGUGAGUGUGCAAAAAAACUCUACUAAUGACUUUGCCAAGCAUUAAGGCGUGAGGAAGUGUCACAAGAUCGGAUCAACAUAACACUACUACACGUUCAGACACUCUUGGGUUGACAAAGGCGAAACGGUGAACAAAGUGUCUCUAUUGCGCAUAAAUUUAAAGCAUAUUUGCUGUUAUAGUUUUUUUCUCUCUAUUUUCGUUUGCCACCGAAAAGCCGAACGAUUACUGUGUUGGUGUGAAAUAAUAUCAAAUUACAUUACACCUAAGCUGGUGUGAGUGUGUCAACCGCGGGAGCAACACCACGCAAGAGAAUAAAUAAGAGCAUAAACAGAAACGAGUGUGUCCGAGUACGCACACACAUUUGCUUGGAGAUAGCCAGCAACUCAAAAAGGGGGAGACUAAAAAAAUAAUAAACAACGGCAUCAAAAGAAAAUAAAUAACAACCCAACACAUGCACACAAAACAGAUUGCGACUGUACUUUCUACACCGGGAGAGAAGAAGUUCGAGCUUGAGCCUGAGUGUGAGAAGCCAUGGAGAGAGAAGACUGAAAAAACAGCCAAAGCCUUCUUUAAUAAUCGCUAUCACCCCCGCCACCGAGGUCCAGUGUUGUUCACACCGCACACUAACCUAACGAUCACGCUAAGCGUCCCCCACGACGACGACGACAACGACAUCAUCCGUUGUGCAUUCUCGGGACCGGUUUUUGUCCUCUUCUUGGUGACGAAGACUUCACACAAGACAUUCCGCUCUCUAAUCCGAUGUUAGUGUACCGAUUGGACGCGACACACCAAUCCGCGACGAUUAUCACACAAAAUAGAGGGAGUGGCCUGACCAUAAGCAGCACCGCAUCCGACAGUGUGUGUGCAAGUGUGAGCGAGAGGCCAGAGGGGUGCGGUCGACACCAGUUCAACACGAAAGGUGUGAUUACAGACACCAAAAACCAGACACCAAGCGCUUAGUUUGUCGCUGCAGCGGUAACCAGUUCAUACACGGCCGGCGUGAAGUUAGCAUCGUUGUUGUUGUUGUAGUUUUUGUUUCGUUUUUUCUCUCGCUCUCGUGUGACUCUCGCAGCCUCCCCCUCGCAGCUGUGGAGUAUUAUAGUAUCCCAUCCCACCAUGGUCGAGUAGGUCCGAUAUGGGUGUGAGUGUGUCACGAUAUUUCACGACAUGGCACGCACUUUUCACGGCUUUACUGAUGCGUGAGUGUGGUUGCCUCGCGAACGAUCCGAACCAAAUGUUGUAGCCCCAUUAGCCCUACGAGUGCUGUUGUCAACGAACCGUGUAUGUGCUUUUUUCCACGAUCAACAAAUCCGAAAGUGGCGCCGGAAAAUUUCGCGGAAAACAGGAUAAACCAACAAAGGCAGAGGGAAAGCUAACAUCAGUUUUGUGCACCCCCGCGAAUGUUACGUGUUAUGUGCUAUACCGAACCGUGUCAAAGAUUUACCGCUGGAGUUUUUGGGCUCAGCAAAAGCGUGACCCACUAAUUAAUUAUUAAUCGCUCCAAAUUAAAAUACUACACCACUACUGUGGUAGCAAAUGCUCCGGCAGGAACGUCAGUGAAGUGAGUGACAGCAGAUUACGAUUUACCAUGAAUAGAGUAUCGAAGAAGAUCAGUUACUGUGAACGUACAGAGAAUUUACAUUGAGUAUAAUCCGUUUCGAAUAAAGUGCGGGAACGAAAAAAAAACAAAGCGUAAAAUAGUGUAGAGUGAUCAGUGAUUAGAAAAGAACUACGGAGAAGAACUAGCACAUUUUUAAGUUGUUUCACCGACGCUGAUCAGGAGAUCAGAAAGGACGCAACGUCACACGUACGAGGCGAUCUCUCGGUGAUGUUGUGAUGAGAUACGACGGUCAGGAAUUACUUCAAUCUGACGAAUUCAGUAGGCCGGCGAAGGGAAUGGCCUACCAUCCAUUCCUGCAGCUACCGAGACCCACUGACUUCAGCGUGUCGUCGCUGUUGACUGCGGGCUCACCGCCUCAAGGACAAAACUCGCCAAGCGCCGGUGCCGGAGCAGCAGCGGCAGCUGCUGCAACUGCUGCCGCCGCAAACGUACCGUACUUUCCGGCCGCUGCCUUAGCGGCUUUAUCGGGUGCUCCAGGUGGGCACCCACCGCAUCUGUACCCGGGGUCACUGCUGCCAAAGUUACCACCACACCAUCCACAUCCGCAUCAUCCACUGGGAACCGCUUACACAACCGCCGAGGACGUCGUAAUGGCCGCAGUUGCUGCUCAUCAGCACCAUUCGGCGAUGAGACCACUGCGGGCCCUGCAACCAGAAGAUGACGGCGUUGUCGAUGACCCCAAGGUGACCCUGGAGGGCAAGGAACUGUGGGAGAAAUUCCACAAGCUCGGAACAGAGAUGGUCAUUACGAAAAGUGGCAGGCAAAUGUUUCCGCAGAUGAAAUUUCGCGUAUCGGGAUUGGAUGCAAAAGCCAAGUACAUUCUGUUACUGGAUAUCGUGGCAGCGGACGACUACCGGUACAAAUUUCACAACAGUCGAUGGAUGGUGGCCGGUAAAGCGGAUCCGGAGAUGCCGAAACGGAUGUACAUACAUCCGGAUUCGCCAUCGACCGGUGAACAGUGGAUGCAGAAGGUGGUGUCGUUUCAUAAGCUGAAACUGACCAACAACAUUAGUGAUAAGCAUGGAUUUGUCGGCGAUGCCUCCGUCGUCUGGACAAUCCUCAACUCAAUGCACAAGUACCAGCCCAGAUUUCAUUUAGUCCGAGCGAACGAUAUCCUGAAGCUACCGUACUCAACGUUUCGAACCUACGUGUUCAAGGAGACCGAGUUUAUAGCCGUAACUGCAUAUCAAAACGAAAAAAUAACACAAUUGAAAAUAGAUAAUAAUCCUUUUGCGAAAGGGUUUCGUGAUACUGGCGCUGGUAAACGGGAAAAGAAUGGGUCUUUUCCUCUUUCCAGCUGUUCCGCUUUCCGACAAUCGCUCAUGGGUCAACGAAGUUCUGACGGUGAUAAGUUAAGUCCGAGCUCCGUCAGUUCUUCUCGAGGUCCAGCUGGAUUGGACCACCGAACGAAUAGCAUAUCAAACCUAGACGAUGACGACAAGCUGUUGGAUGUCGUAGGACCACCACAAAGCCCACUACUCUCACUCAGUCAGCAGAUGCAACAUCAUGCAGGUUGGUUCAACUUUGAAGACGUGCAACGUGCAGAGGAAGCGAUGCGACGACGACUUCAGUCCGAUGAGAACGAGCGCGACGGAAGUGAUUCCAACUGCUCGGACAGUGUUUCAGGAAGCACAGGUGCCUUUCGUCCGACCUCGGGUAGUCCAAAAGAAUCAUCAAGUAGCGCCGGUACAUCAUAUCCCUCGCCGAAUAUCUCCGUCGGGCCACCAAUACACCCACCUCCCCAUUUGUUACCGUAUCUCUACCCGCCGGGGCUCUACCCGCCACACCAUCUGUCGCUGUUGCACAAUCAUGCCGCAGCCGCUGCGAUGAACCCUAGCCUAUUGUUCAACGCCCAACUUGCCCUAGCGGCCCAGCAUCCAGCCUUUUUCGGUCACUACUCUGGUCACUCACCAUCCUCGCCACUGCACAGCCUCAAAGGUCAUCGUUUUUCACCAUAUAGCUUACCAGGCUCUGGAAUAGGUUCGGCAUUUGAUGCCGUCACACCCGGAUCAAACUCCGGUGGUCCACGCAGUCUCAGCAGUAGUCCACAUCCACGAGCUGCCUCUAAUUCACCACCCACCAGGCCCAUUUCAGUAUCACCAACACCAACGCAGAACCCAACAUCACCUGUUUCGGCAGAAGCCGGAUCUACUGCCACUACCACCGCAGCCGUCCCUCAACCUCCGCCCCCAUCAAUGGUCACCACCAUGCCUUCCAAUUCGCCGUCUGAGUUGAAAAGCAUAGAAAAAAUGGUCAAUGGUCUGGAAGUGCAGCACAACAUUAACGGCAAUGUGGAGAACAGUAAACUUCAACAGCUUACCGGACAUGACCAGUGACGACUCCUGGACUGUCCGGCGGGUGACAACAGCUUGAAGCUUGACCAGGACAUGUGACAAUUGGCAAUAAGUUCCAGCAAGAUAUUCAGUUCAAUGUGAAAGAAUCUCUUGCAAAUGCGCUCGCUGGCCAUCGGGCCUUACUCUUCAUCGUAGGUGGGUUUCGGAUGAGAAUGUUAGCAGAUCCUGUUAUUUAGAUGAAUUACUGUGCAAAUAUUUAUGAUUAAAGCUAGAAGUCAGAACGCGAUCAAUGUCAGAGGAAUCAUAUGUCGAACCUCUGAAGUUUUGUGUAAAGUUAGCUAAAUUAAUCCUUAGAUGGACUAAAAAAAAUUUCGCAUUAUUUUAACACAGCAAAAUUUCAAUAUUAUUCGCUUUACAUUGAUCGUAUUCAUCGCGCAGCUGUAAAUAGACCAACCGUACUCAAGAGACGCGCUAGCCCAGGUGGCACGUUGAAGAAAGUAUUAAACUGCGAUCAUCAUCUAGGGUAGACGUUUGCAAAACACAGCCGAAAGGAAUAGAAAUGGAAAUGACAAUUUACCAAAGAGUCGAUUAACUAUUGUAAAUUUUAUUGUUGUACAGAUAAUUGGAUUUGUGGUUGAUCGGUGAACUAAGUUUUCAGGCCAAUAGCAAUUUGUUUGAGUUCAUAAAUAAACAGACGAAAAUGGAAUUGAAACGAAAACAAGUGCUGCCAUAUUGAAUAUAUCAGUAUUUCGCAACAAUGGUCGUCGUAUCCUAUCAACGGUGUAGUGUAGGUUUUUUUUCGCUUUCAUCACUUCUUGAAUUAACAUAGAACAAGCAUACUAAAAAGUUGCCAAACUUAAUUCCAGUAUAAUUUAUAACACAUAAUGUAUUUAACAUUAGAAGCACGAUAUCUAAUAUUCAUUGUAAUCUGAUUCUGGAUUCUUCCAUUUUCACACAAACAGACCAACCAUCGAAAUUUUACAGCUUUGAUGUAUGUUCAAACGCUACGAAUGUUCAAAUUAGGUUUAUACCCAUUCUAUGUUUUUUGUUCCAACGAUUGAAAAUGUUGAUUAUAAAAUAUAAUUUUAGAUCAUUGAUCUUUAUUUAUCAUACAAAUUCAUGUCUUUUCAACGAAACAAAAAUAAAUCAAUCGCGAUCUCGAACAAAAAAAAUCGAUAGACCAGGCAGUAUCGUCAAUGUCAAUGAUGAAUUCUUUCUCUUUACUACUCGAUUGGUUGUUAUGAUUAACAAAAAGUUUUUUCAAGAUUACCCAUCAAGCGCCUACUAAUAAUGUCCAAUAAAUAUCACUCAUUGGUCUAGCUAAAAGUCUGAACCACUGUAUCUGAAUUAGUUUACCGACCAACCCAAUCAAAUGAAUGGCAUCUUAUUGUACAUUUUGUACAGUCAUUAAAGCCUGUUUUUAAAAUUGCAAAAAUACUAGCAGCAUUUGAAAAUCAAGUGACGAUUGACCUUUUCUAAACAGCAAACUAACAUAUAUAGCUAAACAUGACGAAACAAGAAAAGCUAAAACAAAACAUCAUACGAAUUUUGAAUUUCAACACUUAAAACCACAAAAAGCAAGUACUAUAGUAGAAUUGAAUCAUUUUAAAAAGCAAGAACAAAAAAUAUAUAAAGUUACUUGUGUAAUGAUCAAGGUGCAGAAAGAAAAACACAAACCUAGAGUCGAAAGGACCGCAGAACAAAACUAAGAGAAAUACACAAAUAAACUCGCUAAAAGCGAAAGCCCCAACCAUGGAAAUGAACUAGUGUAAAACUGUUUUAAACAAAUUUCGCUUCCCACUAAGUUAUUUAUUUUGUUUUGUAUACCUACUGGAAGACUUUUGUGCGUCGCUCGAGUUUCGCGCCAAGAAAAUAGAAAAAAAAUACAACAACAGUAGCAACCGCAGAACUCCUCAGCUCCUGUGUUAUGUAAUUUAGGUUUAUUUCUUAUUUCGCAAGCGUCCUCAAUUUUAGCGUGUAACCAAGUAUAAAAAUAUAACAGAAACAAGUGUAAAACGCAAGCAACUAAUCGCAGGAAAUGUAACAUUAGUUAAGUUAGCAACAAUUAAUUGGAUGAAUCAGAGUAUAGUUUAAAUUAAUGCUACUGAACAAGGAAGUGUGAUAAUUUAUUGAGUAAUAGUUUUCCUUUUUUUCGUAAUUGAUACCCAUUAUCUACAGAGACUAAGUUCCCAGGAAAAAAGAUUCCUUUUGUUUUGUUAUGAGCAAUAUUACGAUUAGAACAUCUGUUUCUAGGCAACCAGAACAUUGAUUUGUAACAGUGAACAAAGCAUGCGCUGAGCAAAUUGAACAGUGGAAACAACUGAACCAUGUACAGUUCAGGCUUACAACCACCACCAGGAGACACAAGCAAGCAAGAACAAAUCUAGACUAUUUUUGUAAGUCGUAAAAGAGCAAUAAUUGAAAAGUAAAUAUAUGACAAAACUAUUUUAAGAAAUAAAUUAAAAAAUAUUAUAAUUAAAAUUCAAA